GGCGCGCGAGGCUGGAGAGCGCGGACGGCUUCGAGAGGCGCUACAGAGCAGCGGGAGCGGGAGCGGGAGCGGGCGCAGGAUUGGGAUUGGGAGCUGUCGGGGGAGGCAUCCUUCGAGGCGUGGUCGCGGGAUUGGGAGGCUUGGGGGCCGUGGGAGGAAGGCGCCUCGAGCGGAGCCACUCCUUUGCUACUGCCGCCGCCAUGAAUCAUCCGCUGAUGCCGGAUCCUCCAGCCUCGUCGCCUCCCCGAGCGAGCAACAACAACAACAACAUCGGGGGCAAUUUCAAUGGCGACUCGUUCAGUUCGAGUUCGGAAUCGUUCUCUCCGCCUUUCCCCUCCGUCUCGGCCUCGUCGGCCGCCUCGGCCACCUCCUCUCCUCCCGAGACCGUCUCGUCGUUCCGAGGCCCUUCUCGCGAGGAGAGGAAAAGCUGGGAUGCCAAUGCCUUCGAUGCCCGAUCGUCGGCCGCCGCGUUCCGCAGGCUCUCGGUGAAGGAUGCUUCGUCCGAUCUGGCCGGGCUUCAACAGUUGAUGAGGCAAGGUUUUUGGCGAGCCAUAGCUGACAAAGUCAAGGAGGCCAAGAAACGAUCCAUGUUGCAUUUUCCAGACGAGCAACUGGUGUACUCGACGUAUCAUGUUCUAGCCCUGAUGAAAUUGCGGAGUUAUGCUGUUGCUGCCGAGGAACUCGCUGCCAUUGGUGAUCUCAAGUCAAAAAAAUUUCGAUAUGAGCAUCACGGUGAUAUGUAUCCGGGCAAGACAGGUUCGAUGGUGCCUUUUGCUCUGAGGUGGCUACACGCUGAGCUUCCUCAUCGACUCGGACAUACUACCACGACGAUUGAUCAUCUCUAUGACCUUCUAGCUCAUUGUAACGAACGGAUAGAUUUUCUGCAGAACUCGAUGGAUCAGCUUGCAAAGCGCGAAACAGAGGCGGCUACAGAGGAAUCCACCCCGACAGCUGUCCUGUCAACCGAUCAAAAGCAGGAUGUCACCGUCAUAGCGCCAGUACAAGAAGAUGGGUCAAUGAGUCCUUCGCACGUCGAGCUUCCCAGCGAAGAGCCUGCACUUUCUGAUGUAGGAAGCAAUUUUAUGCCUUCUGAAGUCAUAGAGGACGAUGAUUUCGGUGAAUUUGUUACCAGCUCAGUUGGUGAAGGGAACACAGUUUACUGCACCCUCUUGAAUCGUUGGAGGCGCCGGCAAGAGGUGGUGUUGUGCUCGGUGUUGGGCCAUCAUUUGAACCAAAAGGAUUACAUCAUUUGUCUGAAAUGGCUAGAGGACCUUGUGAAGAAGAGGACACAUGACGUUGUGGUGCUGUCAAAAUAUGGAUACGUGCAAUUGCAACUGGGUGACUUGUACGGUGCCAGGCGAACAUUUGCUACAGUGGAGGCUAUCUGUGAGCAGCAAGGACGGUCAGGAAGCUCGUUGAUCGCCAGUCUAAUAUCUCGAAAUAGAGGCCUUCUCUAUUUCUCUCUGAAGCAGUAUCCCAAAGCCGUGAAGGAAUUCGACGCCGUUUUGGAACUCGAUCCUGGGGAUGUCGUUUCAGCCAACAAUAAGGCUCUCUGUUUGAUGUACUCCAGAGACCUUGUCGGUGCUACGCAAGUUUUAGAGACUGCGCUCCAGAAAAAUCCGUUGACUGCUCUAAACGAGACCUUGGUGCUGAAUCUUUGUAGCAUGUACGAGCUGGCUUCCAUGAAUAGCGUCGAAUCCAAGAGGACCUUGAGUGCUUGGAUUUUACGGAUAGCUCCUGACGACUUCGACCUCACAUGCACACGUCUGUGAUUGAUUGUUUACGUUGUAGUUGAGUAUCAGUGUCCUGUGCCUGAAGACUGUUUUUCACUUUUCAGACCUCCUUACUUGGAUUCAGGUCAUCAAAUUCAGACCUCUGUGUAUAGUUUAAACCAGUUGUUGAGGAUUUUCCUUUGGCAGAACAAGGCGAACCAUCCUCUUUCAUAGUAAACCUGUAGAUCUCCGAGUACAGUUUGGUAGCAUGUUUAUCAAGGCUUACCAUACAUCCCUUAGUAUAUGCAUUUAUGUUUUUAAGUCACGUUCAGUUCAAGCGCUCUAAAUUCUUCCUACCAUCUAGUGGAGGUCUACAAAAUCGCUCCGUGUAACUGCGAUGAUCAAACUAAAACUUCGUCACAAACUGACGAUCUCGGAGAUCGCACCUUUCAGACGCAACUCAAUUGCUUCGCCAAUUGCCGUCUCUAAACAAAAAAUUGAUGGUUGUUACCCAUUUGAGGGAGUCCCUCUAUAAGAUCAAUGUCAUCUUGGAAACGGUGGUUACCAGAAUCCAGUAGGGAACAUCAUCUAAGAGACGCAAAAUCUGCUUAUGCACAGCGAAUGAGUUCCAGUUUGUCGGUGUAUAUUGGUUCAGUUUUUGUGCUAGGGAAUGAAAUACACUUUUCAAGUGUUUGAUCUGCCUUCUUGGUCUAGCAAAUGUAGGUUUCUUGUGCCUUUGUGCCCAGGUGUCGAUGGUGGCCAAGGCCAGAUUUGAACAAGUUCCUUGCUGGAAAAUCAGGUAAGUCUUUGUAGCUUUUAGCGGUUUUUGCCAAUUAGCAGGUAUGUAAAACCAUGGGCGCAUUGCCCUUUGAAACUUCUGAUGCAAUCAUUGUACACUCCAACUUGAAGAGGUAUUUCACAUAUAUGAUGACAUUCGUUCAUGUAAGUGAACGAUUCUAAUC